AUGGCGUCCAACAACCCAGGGCGACGGGACCCCGUUCCCCCUAAGUCCUGCUUGAGAUACGAUGUUAAUGUACUUCAAGACAUUCCUGUAUCACGUUUCGGCGAGGUCUUCAUCACCUUAAAUUCACUUUCACCACCACAUCCCAGCCUCGUUCAGGGAAUAUGGGAAUUCACCGAACCCGAACCCUCAGCAGAAUCACUUGACGCACAGUCACGCCUGGCAUUGAUACAAAACACACGAGGUCUAAGCUACGGCUUCUGCUGGACAGGCCGUGGUCUAUUAGAAGACUCGAUUACCUCCGGCCUGAAGAUGGCUGUAGAGGACCUCGGGGCGACGGUUCCUUUCGAUGUGGCAUUCCAUCCUCAGUCGUUGGACUCAACAGAUUUUUUGUAUAAACGCUCGGGGCUUCGAUACAACGUGUUUAAGACUGUCUUGGAGGCAAUUCGCACCAUGGUUCUUGUGUUAGAGAUUAUUCUGCUGUUAUUGGGUCGCAUACACACCCCUGGAUCCAGAGUAAGGUCUCGCCUUAGUCUUUCCAGAAAAAGCAGGACCUGA